GCCAGCAAGGGCGGUGUGAAUCUUUAUGUCAAGAAUCUCGACGACAGCAUUGAUGAAGCCGGCCUCAAGGAGCUCUUCGAACCCUUCGGAACCAUCACUUCCGCCGCCGUGCCCCUGGACAGCAACGGCAAGUGCAAGGGCUUCGGCUUCGUGUGCUUCGGCUCGCCGGAUGAGGCCACCAAGGCGGUCACCGACAUGCAUCUCAAGGUCAUCAAGGGCAAGCCGCUCUACGUCGGUCUUGCAGAGAAGCGGGAGGCUCGUCAGGAGCGACUGCGACAGCGCUAUGCGCCAGGGCCUCCCGGUGGUGGCAAGGGCAUGGGCGGCAAGGGCGAGGGCAAAGGUGGCAAGGGCGGCAACAAUCCCAACAUGGGAGGCAUGAUGGGCAUGAUGCCGCAGCAGGCUAUGAUGGGCAUGAUGCGCCCGCCCAUGAUGGGCAUGAUGCCACCUCAAAUGAUGGGCAAAGGGGCGCCAAUGGCGAAGAGCGGCGGCGGCCCAAUGAUGGGUAUGAUGGGCAAAGGAGGACCCAUGAUGAUGCCCGGCAAGGGCGGCCAGAUGCCAAUGAUGCCUGCCAUGCCGAUGGGAAUGAAUCCCAUGAUGCCGAUGCGGCCGCCGAUGCCGGGCAACAUGAUGCCUCCAAGACCCGGAGCCCCGGGAGGCGGCAGCGGGCCUCUGAACGCUGCCGCCCUGGCCAAUGCUUCGCCAACCGUGCAGAAGCAGAUGAUCGGUGAGAAGCUGUUCCCGGCGAUCUCCAAGAUGCAGCCCGAGCUCGCCGGGAAGAUCACUGGCAUGAUGCUGGAAAUGGACAACAGCGAGCUUCUGAUGCUGCUCGAGUCCGAGUCGCAGCUCAAGCAGAAGGUUGACGAGGCAAUGCGCGUGCUGCGAGGUUGA